AUCGAAAACGUGGCAUCGCCGUCGUCUGGUUUAAUUAGCUUCUCUGUGAUUAUUUUCUUUCCUUAAUCUAGCUGCUUCUGAUUGAGAGGAGCUUCUCAUUAGCAAUCAGGUUACAUCCUUAACUCUCUUUUCUAAUUUAAUUUGAGUUAGUGGUGCGUCUGCUGCUUCUCUUUUUAUUUCUUACCUGCUUAUUCUUUCUUUUUGCUGGCUCUUGGAGCAGCGUCUGGGCUCACCUGUGGAGUAAUAAGUAGUAGUGUGUGCAGGCAAAGCUUUGCCGUGUAUGAAAGCACUCCCUGCUAUGUUCCCUAUAAACUCUAUUUCUCCUCAGAGUGGCUUUUACUGUAGCCCAACAUCCCUAACAGCGAAGGCAAAGAAAAAUAGCCGCCUUCUGAGAAGGGGAGUUUCCAUUUUGGGGAGGGAAAGAUAACCACAAAUAUCUACAAAGCAAAAUCGCUUUCCCGAAGGGCAGUAGUGCGUGUUUGGAUUCGUGUGAGCAGAAAUGAUGUGCUUGUGUUACUCCGGUUUGCAAAACCGUACUUGUUUCGAAAUGAAUGUUGGGAUGAUGGUGUCUAGACUUGAAUUUAAGUGUCCUCAAAUCACGGAGAGCAUGGGAUGGGAUUGCCUUGUCUACAGCCUCGUGCAGUUGUGGAUACUCGGAGACGUCUUUCCGUCCCGGUCUCUUCAUCUUUCAGCUGGCUUCCUGCAAGGGCAAAGAGGCAGAGCCCACCAAGAAAUUGUUUGCCUCCGAGGGCAGCUGAAUGUCAGCUCCAGGAGACUCCAAGCUAGGAUACGAUGGGAAGAGCUUACAACUUUCUUGAUGAGUUCUGUCCCCUCUCCUUAGCCACUCAUCGGAGCGGUUUUCUUCUGAGGGAUGCGAGCUCUCUCUCGCCCUCCUGAAUGCGUGACUUGCGCUCGCAAAGUGCUCGGUGGUGGAACUCAUGUUGGUAGCAGUGGCGCUGGAAGAGGAGGGCACGUGCGGUAUGAGUGCACCAAAAGGCAUCUAGUGUCUUUUUUUGAACCGCUUCAAAAGCCAUCACUGAAAGUCGCUGGAGCCAAGCGUACUUUGGAAGUGAUCGCAAACAUGCGUUUGGCCCCAGUCUGACUGGUCGCAGGUGGGACCUUAGAGGAACGUGUGUGACAAAAAGCGCCCGGUGAGGGUACGAGAAGUGAAGGAUGUGUGUCAGUUGAAGGCUGGAUUGUGGCACGUCGAGUCUCCGGUGGUUCCUUCCUUUCCUGGCCAAGGUCAAGCUGUGCGUUUGUCUAAAGCUCAGCUCCCUGGUGAAAUGGUUGCUCUUCCCGCUGUUUUUCCUGUAGGUGCAGAAAUUGUUCUCCCCCAGGAUGGGUGUUUGCGGCCCUUGAUGCCAGGAACUUCACAAAGUAAAAUCCUGUCUUUUUUCAGAAGCUGGGCGAGGAUGCCGCUCUUCUGGUGACGCGUCCUGCUUUUGUCGUUGCUGGGGCGAUGUUACGGCCUGCUCUGUUCGACUGUUCGGUGUGACCCUCUUGGACUCUAGAGGGUGUUGCUGACUUUAGAUGCUGGGUAGCAGAGGAAUCUCUUCAGCUACAAAUGUUGAGAUUGCACUAAGCUUGGCUCUGAUAGCUUUUUUUUUUUUUUUUGGUCUCUUUCUAGGUUAUGGAGACUGGAACUCUGGGACGAACCGAGGUUAUGAGGGAUACAAUUAUGGCUAUGGAUAUGGUCAGGAUAACUCGGGCAGUUAUGGCUACGGCAUGGCAACUUCCAACUCCUGGGAAAUGGCCAAUUCGGACGUUGACAUGAACCCCGAUGCCUCCGGUGGUGGCAAUGCCGACGCUGUCAUAGCGAAAAUGAACCAGCGCUUAGACAUGGUGUCGCACCUAGAUACGGACACGAUGCAAGGAGGACACUACAGCUCUGGUGGAGACAGGUAUGAUUCAUAUGAGUCCUACGACUCAAGGUCUUCACUGAACGACCGUGAUCUGUACAGAUCCGGCUAUGAUUACAGUGAGGCUGAACAUGACAACGACAAUGCCUAUGAAGGUCACUAUGACAGCUUCUAUGGGAACCGCAGGGACCAGUACCAGAACAGAGCACGGGACAACUUUGGCCAGCGGGGUCAGAACUGGGCCAGAGACGGGCGAAAUAACAGACCCAUGGCAUCUUCGUAUUCCGGGCGCAUGGGCGGACAGUGGAAUGAGCCGCCACAGUCGAUGGGAGGGCGGGGCCUUGGCCCCCACGGCUCCUCUAGGCUCCCAUCCCUCUUCUCCCACAACAUUAUCCCCGAACUCAGCAUGUUCCAGGGAAUGCGAGGUUUCUCUGGAAACAUGCGCUUUGGAGGAGGCAUGAUGAAACAACGAAUGAGGAGAAACUGGAAAAUAUGGGACUCAGACUUUAAAAUGCAGAAAAAGAAAAUCAAAAAGGACCCUACCACUAAGAAGCGAAAGCAAACAAACAGCUCGGAUGAACCGGACAGCAAGGCAGCAAAAACCGAUGGCUCUGAUAACUCUGAUUCUGACAACGAGGAGGGAACUGAAGGAGAAUCGGGAGAAAAAGAGGAGAAAGAGGGCUCCAGAGGUGAGGGGGAAGAUGAAGAAGGAAAAGAUUCUGAGAAAGGUGCUUUAACAAUUCAAGAAGAGAUCAGUCAAAUCAAACGCAAAUUGCAGGCGGGCAAGAAAACUCAAGAGAGGCAAAAGAAGAGGCAUCGGGAUCGCAUGGUAGAAAGGAUCCAGUUUGUUUGUUCGUUAUGCAAAUACCGGACCUUCUACGAUGAUGAGAUGAACAGUCACCUGGAGAGCAAAUUCCAUAAGGAACACUUCAAGUUUGUUGGGACCAAACUGCCUCAACAAACAGCUGACUUCCUCCAGGAAUACGUUGCUAACAAAACUAGGAAAACUGAAGAGAGUCGUAAAGCAAUUGAAGCCAUUAAUGCAGUCAUUCAACAGAUUUAUAGGGACCAAGAUCUUACACAAGAUGUUGGCAUGGAGCAUUUUAUUAAGAAGGUUGAGGCUGCUCACUGUGCUGCUUGUGACCUCUUUAUCCCAAUGCAGUAUGGCAUCAUCCAGAAACACCUGAAGUCCCUUGACCAUAACCACAACCGCAGGGCCAUGAUGGAGCAGUCCAAGAAAUCGUCGCUAGUAGUUGCAAGGAGUAUUCUGAACAACAAACUAAUCAGUAAGAAACUGGAACGCUACCUGAAGGGUGAGAAUCCCUUCACAGAUGACCCAGAAGAAAAAGAGGAGCACGAGGAAGGAGAGGGGGGAGCCAGUGGAAAUGCGGAGGAAGGAACAACUGAAGGGGCUGAUGAAAACAAGGAUGAUGAAGAAAAUCAAGAGGAAGAAAAUCUAGAUGAUGAAAACAAGGAUAAUGAAGAGAACCCAGAGGCAGAAGGAGCUGAAAAUGAGGGGGAGCAAGAGGAGACAGGGACAGAGACAGAGGUAGAGGCACAGCCAGAAGCACAAACACCAGUGGAGCUGGAUGCAGAAGACGCAGAGGAGCAGACUUCACAAGCUGCAGAGGAAUCUCUCCCUGAGGAAGAAGAGCAGCAACUGGUAGAAGGUGAAGAAGAAGAAAGCCAAGAAGCAGCUGCUGCACAAGAGGAUGAGCAGGCCGAGUAAACUCUGGAUGGGGAAGCUGAUGUGUAUAAGACCUGACAUCCGUUUGUUUUUUUAACAUAACUGUAUCUGUGAAUUUCAUAGCACAUAUUUUGGGUUAUUAUUCUACUAAACUCACGUAGGCAGUGGAAGCCUUUAUCUGUAAAGUGAUUUUUGGGAAAUAGAUUUUUUUUUUGGUUUUUGUUUGUUUGUUUUUUUUAAUACACCAAAUCUUCAUUUUAGUAGCUAGGUUUUGUGCGGUCUCUGUUUUUUAGAUGGCUUUGUACUAGGAGAAUUUCCUUUGAGCAUGUGUACAAACCAGUGCUACAUCACAAUCUGGCAAAUUAAACCUCACCUCUUCCCCGUGAAACUUUUCUAUAUUUAACAAAGAUGUGGUUUGUCCCCGUAGCCUGUCUGUCUGGAAACAUCAGGAAUUCAGCUCCAGGGUUUUAACUUCUGCAGUGUAUGCUGUAAGGUUCUGCAUAAUUCCCAUGUGACUGUAAUACUCCUCCCCAUAUUUUACUCUUUCUUUUAAUGCAGAGCAAAACUAAGUGGUGUCAACAUUGUAUUGUUUGUAAAAUGCUUUCGUUUCAAGGUGAAUGUUUUGGUGGGUGGAGAUAAAGGACUACCUUGAGAUUA